AUGUCGUUGAGACAAGAGGAUCCAGUAAGACCUUUUUGCUGUACAUUUUGCGCAUCAUUAGGACCUAACCAAAGAUUUGAAAAGCCCAACUAUAAAUCGAUUGGGGAAAAAAACUUUCGAACACCUGGUGAAACCCCGAGUUCAAAAGUGCAUUCAUCAGUUCCAAAUUGCAGUAGAAUAAAGUUUAACGGUUGUUCAUUCGAAGUCUGCGGACAAGAAGAAUCAACGUAUGUUAAAUUCUACACUCCUACCUCAGAUAUUUCCAAUGUCUAUCUCAAACCACCACGUUCGUCAGUGAAUUCUGGGGACCCCAAACGAAAUUUGGAUACACAUGAGUACCAGGAGACGAACGAGAAUAGGAAUCGUGUGCCAAGAUACAAUCAGCUACCCACUAUUUCUUGUGUACCAGAUAAUGAUGAAGGAACUGGUAUUUACAGGUGUAGCAUUUGUUGCAGAUGUACAUCAAGAAGCCAUCCUACUAAUCAGAAUACCUAUUCUGGUAGAAGUCGUAAUCUUUCGAGGGAAUAUGAAAAUAUGGAAUCUUCUAUUACUCCGAGACCGUCUUCACUUCGAAAUACAUUACAUUGUGACGUGGAGCUAGAUCUACCUAUUCCAUCUGGUCAGCAUUAUAGUCAAGAUCAUACUGAAAGGAAGCCAUCGGAGAUUGUGAUCUUACAUUCGGAUUCAAACGAAGAAGAACCAACUAAAAGAAAAGCAGGUGUUUCCAAUAUGAUCCCACCUUUGACAGUCCCCGAUAACUCUUCUAUGUAUCUUAUCAAACAAGAUGGAUCAAUAUUAGACUUAGCAUCAAUGGAUAAUGGGGAAAAUGGCAAAAAAGUUCUAAAUGACGUUUCUGAUUCCGUUGGUGUAACCCGAAGAAAUAGUCUGAACUCAAUUAAAAUUCCACGAAAUUGUUCUCUGUUUCUGAUCCAAGCUAAUCAACCAGGUUCCUCCAACGAUUCACUUAAUGCAGAAUAUUGUCUGGAAAUUGAAACAAUACCAACCACUAUUAGUCACAAAACUGCACCUAUCUUUUUGACCACUAGUAGCUACGAAGAAGAGCUUAAAACCCUAGAUUAUUCUCCAGCCAAAAUUCACUCACCUGGCUCCUCUACAACAGCAAUUAAGUCAGAUUCUAAGUGUGUAUCAAUUCCAGAAGAAUAUACUACAUUUGACACCAAUAAUGAUAUUGACAGUAGGAUAUUAACAUGUCAAGAAGUUGGGACAUCUAAAGGAAAUUUUAUAAAUAUGGAUGAAAAUGAUAUCUGUAACACUAAUUUAAAAGGAAAUAUUCAAGAAAAAGCAAUGGGAAGGUAUAUUUAUCACUCCCCAGAUGAAGCAAAAAUAAUAUCGCAAGAUCAACAACUUUGCACAGGACCAGACGCUAUUGGAUCUGAAGAAAUAGAAGACGACAUGGUUGAUCUUGGAGGGAUUUCAGCUGUUCAGGAACCAGAUGGAUCAGUAAGGUUGCUGAUUACAAGAUCCAAUGGAAUAGAAAUAGACGAAGAAGGGAAUUCAAUAGCCUUACAGGAUUCAACUGAUCCAGAUUGUAUGGACUCAAUUCGUUUUUCACCGUUCGAUACCUGCCAAUUACCUCCAGAACUAUCAGCACCAUCAGACAACCCCAGGAUGUGCUUAAAGGGAGCAUUGCAAUUAGUUGAUUCGGAUUGGUAUCUAAUUGUGGUUCAGGAAAAGGUUUACAAGAUUCAAACCGAAUUGAAAGAGAAAUGA